CGGUUACUUGUUCAAGAACGAAACGUGGUGAUGGAAAACGGUCUCGUUCGAGUUAUCUUAACCAACCCCGAAGGUCUAAUAACAGCAAUAGAAUACAAGGAUUUGGACCGUAACUUACUUGAGUUCCGCUAUCAUGAAGACAGCAGAGGAUACUAUGAUGUUAUGUGGGGAGAACCAGGACAUGAAGGAAAUUUUGACAAGUUGAAGGCAACAACAUUUAAGGUUAUAGUACAAAACGAGAACCAAAUCGAAGUUUCUUUUUCAUGGACCUGGGAUAUUUCGCUUAAAGGAAAACGCAUGCCUAUUAAUUUGGACAAAAGGUACAUUAUGCUGAGGCAUUCCUCCGGUUUCUAUACGUAUGUUAUUUUUGAUCAUUUGAAAGGGUGGCCCGAGUUUGGCAUUGGCGAAGCCAGAAUUGCUUUCAAGCUCAGCCAAGACAUGUUUCACCACAUGACCAUAACCGAUACAAGGCAAAGAGAGAUGCCCACGUUACAAGAUCGUCUUCGAGGGAAACCUCUAGCCUAUCCAGAAGCAGUUCUGUUGACAAAUCCAGUCAAUCCAUCUCUUAAAGGAGAGGUAGAUGAUAAGUACCAGUAUUCAGUGGAGAAUAAAGACACGGGGGUACAUGGAUGGAUUAGUGCCAAUCCACGCAUAGGAUUUUGGAUUAUAACAGCCAGCAAUGAGUUCCUUGUUGGUGGCCCUCACAAACAGGACCUCACAUCCCAUACAGGCCCUACAAGUCUCUCUAUAUUCUUUAGUAGCCAUUACACUGGACAGGAGCUAUCCCCGAAAUUCCAAAAUGGAGAACCAUGGAAAAAAGUUUUUGGCCCUGUGUUCGUCUAUGUUAACUCAGUUCCCGAAACAGAAAAGGAUCUCUAUACAGCACUCUGGGUGGAUGCAAAAGCUCAGUUGGCGAAGGAAGUCAAAAGUUGGCCUUAUAGUUUCCCUGCUUCGGCUGACUUUCCUGCCUCAGAUGAACGGGGUACUGUUACAGGAACCUUGUUAGUCCGAGAUAGGUAUAUUAAUAGUCUUGACAUCGCCGGGAAUGGUGCUUAUGUUGGUUUGGCUCCCCCAGGAGAUGUUGGAUCUUGGCAAAGAGAUUGCAAGGGCUAUCAGUUUUGGACUAAAGCCAACUGGGAAGGAUCAUUUGCUAUCCCUAAUGUUCGUGCAGGAGAAUAUAAUCUCUUUGCAUGGGUUCCUGGUUUUAUUGGAGAAUUUAAGCACAAUAUUAGUAUUCGGAUAUCUCCAGGAUGUAGUCAGAAUUUGGGUAAGCUUGUAUAUGAACCUCCAAGAGAUGGUCCUACAUUGUGGGAGAUAGGUUUUGCCGAUAGAUCUGCAGCUGAAUUCCGUGUACCUGAACCUAACAAAAACUACGUCAACAAACUCUAUGUUGAUCUUCGUGAAGACUGGUUCCGACAAUACGGAAUAUGGGAGCGGUACUCAGAAUUGUAUCCGACUAAAGAUCUCGUUUUCACUAUUGGCGUUAGCCAGCACCAGAGAGAUUGGUUCUAUGCACAUGUGCCAAGGAAACAUGGUAACAUACUUGUUCCAACAACAUGGAGCAUUGUGUUCAAAACCGACAAAGUAUUACCAACAGGAACUUAUAAACUGCGAAUAGCAUUUGCUUCUGCUACUUGCGCUGAAUUACAGGUUCGUGUCAAUGACGAAAAAAAAGUAAGGCCUCUCUUCACAACUGGAAGAAUAGGAAGAGACAAUGCAAUAGCAAGACACGGAAUUCAUGGAUUGUACUGGUUAUAUACAGUUGAUGUACCAGGGAACCUACUUCGCCAAGGUGAAAACACAGUAUUCCUAACACAAACAAGGACUUAUAUGGCGUUUGAUGGUUUCAUGUACGAUUACAUCCGCUUGGAAAGGCCUCCAUCCAAUGUUGUUCAUAAGGGUUUCACAUCUGAUUCUUCACAAGCUGCAGCAAAUUCCAUUAUUCGGUCUGAAUCUCGGGUGUUGGAAACUCAAGUUGAAGGUGAUAACUUCAAAUCCCUGGAUGAUUUGAGCGACUUCAACUCUAAUUUUGUAUCUCCAUCCGGAUUUGGGGAUAUGGGGGUGGAUUCACAAUCGUUAAUCCCUGACAUUAGGCCUAAUUCUCCAUCCCAGUCUCCAAUUAAUUCUCCAUCCCAGUCUCCUCAUGUUUCUCCAAUUAAUACGCCAUCGGCUGAUUUCUUUGCUCAAACUUUAGUUGAUAAGGAGGAGGAGGCAGUGGUGAUUAAUUACAUGAAGGACCGUUUUUUGCCAGCCAUCGAGAUGAUUAAAGUUGUUAACGAUGUUUCUGGUAUGGGUAUCGACGGUGACUUGGAUGACAUUGUUCGAAUGCUAAUCAAGUCAGCAAUUAAAACCCCAAGAGUGUUUGAUUUUGAAUGCAGGGAGAUCAUCUCAUGGAAUGUGAAGAUCCUUAGGGAUGUUAAGAGAAGAGGGAGGGAAAAUAUGGGUCCUGGUUUAGUCGAAUGGAUUUCUUUAGAUGCAAUUGGUAGGUCAGGUGGUGUUUUAGUUCUUUGGAAUCCUAAUGUAGUUCAUCUAGUUGAUCAUAUUGUUGGUACCUUUUCUAUUAACAUCGGUUUUAAACAUUGUAUUGACAAUUUUCAAUGGCUUUUCUCCGGCGUCUAUGGGCCUUGCGGAGUGGUCUAUUAUGAAUGA